AUGACAGGCAAAGACCUCAAGACGCUAGGACAAGAACUCCGCAGGAUGGAGAGAUACCAAGAGUUGACCAGGAUGGAACAAGACAGCCGAGAAACCAACCCAUGGGCCAACGCCAUGCACCAGGACGUCCAUGACAGCAGUUCUUCCACUCUCAACAAUAAGAACAACAACAAUAACAACAACAACAACCCCUCUCGCCACACAACCGAGCUUGCACGCUCAUCAGAGCCCACUGCUCUCCCUAAUCCGCCCGAUACACCACCACCGUCUUCAUCUUCAGGUUGCCCGCGACCACCACCACCAGCCUACACCCCCCCUCCCACCGCCCAAGCUCGCGCUCGCGCCCGCCUCGGCUACGUCGGCGCCAGAUCAUCCCUUCCCAACACCUUUUCCCCUUGGGGUGAAGGUACAGCCGGCACGGACAUCGACGGCCUUGACAUCGACAGACCAGCACAAGACAGGCCGCGGCAGCCGCCGCCAUACAUCUUCCACGCCCGCGACAGCAACACCAACAACGGGUAG